AGAGCCAGCGCAUGAGCCACAAGGUGGCAGUGCAGGCGUACACAAAGGAGCACGACACCUUGAAGAGCAUGCUUGUGCGCACUGGGGGCGGCGCCAGUGCAGAACCAUAUGUCAACGGAACUGGGAGCUGGACUGGGAGCGGGGGCGUGAGUGGUGCAGCAAAGAGCGUCGCGUCGGAGCUGUAGGAGGUCGUACCAGAGUCGGAGCUGGCAAAGAUCUAGAGCUAGUUCGAUACGUAUAAGAUGCAGAUGGGGGUCGACAGCGUGCGGGUGCGCAACAAGCUCGUGAAGUUGCAGUGGGAAAACGGGCAGCUCAGGGUGUUGUUUUCCAAGGCUAACGCAAAGAUCGAGUACACGGCGGGUCACAAGAUAACGCUGGAGAAGUACACAAACCAGGCGGAGGACUUGCGGGAUAUGAACGUUAUCAGUGCGAACGGAAAGGUUGAGCAGCUUUUCAAUGAGCGCGCAAACUUGCACACGGAGAAGUGGAUUUGGGAGAUGUGCGUUGUGCCUUUUACUGUUUAUUCCUCUGUGUUCUUCUUAAUUGGAUGGACAUUGAUCAACUGUCGAGGUGGGAGCGGCAUGCAGAACCGCUUACUGGAAGAGAACAAGGUGCUUUUGAUUGAGUGGUCACGUCUGUCGGAUCGGAUGGGCAACGUGCAGAAGAUACAUAUGGAUCUCGAGUGCUCGGGCGAGAAUGAUAAAAGGUGGCUGGAGAGUCAAAUCCAGAUGUUGGAGAAUCAGACCCAGGAUCUUAGGAGCCAACUUAGCCAGGAACAUGAUAGUGUUAGGCAUCUGACACUGAAGAAAGAGAUUGAGGCGCAGGAAUUAUUGCAUACCCGCGAGUUGCUGAUCGGCGCUCAAAUGAGCAAAAUGUAUCUCAAGGAAUGCGUCGCAGAGCUUUCAUGCCAGCUCCAGGGCAACGAGGAGAAGCUGACCGUGUACGAACGGCGUGGGUCUACUAGCGCUCUGGCGAACGGUGGCGCGCAGCCAGAGGUCUCUGGCGCUGAUCAUCUGUGCAAGGAGCAGCACCUCAAGGCUGAGGUUGCCAAACUCGACCUGGCAAAUGCGCAAGGCCAUGUGCAGCAGUUCCAAGAGAUCAGCCAGGCGACUGAAGUGGUGCUAGCAGGGUUGAAUGCGACCUACGAUGCCUGCAAGUCAUCCACGGAGUCGCAGCUCGCGAAGCACGAGUCUGACUAUAACGCUCUGUCGGAGAACUUGCACGUCGUCCAGCAGGAGCUGACGGCAUCUCGGGAGGUGAUGACGGAGACGAAGCGCACGUUUGACAAGGAGUGGGAGUCCCACGCCGCGCAUCGCUCGCAACAAACAUUCAUCAACACAUCUUCUGCAACCAUGUUUCACCUCCAAUCCUUAAUUCAUGCCAACUACCGCAAGUCACUCUUCACGUCGCGAUCCGCUCUUGUCAAGGACACUAAUGCUUUGCUCAAUGCGUCUGACCUCCCGUCCAGCCUCUUAUCUUGGAAUAGCAAGGCAUCGCCCACCGCUGCACUCUCCAGCGCAUGUGAGCGCCCCCAUUGUGAACCUAGCACCAAUAUCAUUCCUUUCCCUACCAAUAGCCAUCCCGAUUCUUCCAUCUCGUCUGCUCUACUGCUAGACUAUGAGUCUUUAUCGCUACCAAAAUGGGUGCUCCCGCUUGAUGUGCCCAGGCAACGAUGCCAGAUGCCACCGUCCCACUCCCUCGCACGGCGCCACAAACCUCUGCCUCUUCCUAGUGUCAUAUGCCAACACAGCGCCAGCCAGUCGAGCACACGGCUGUUUUUCAAAGCGCAGGCGGUCAUCCAGAGCAAGAUCAGAUACUAUGUGCCCAAGACAGAAGACUUGGCAUAUCCCAAUAAAAUUGUUGCCACGUGUACGCCCAUGACGGGGUUGCGGGAGAAAGAGCGCGAGAGCGUGCACCAGCUGUUUGGUGCUCAGAAUCAAACCUCACUUGCCAGCUUCGAGCGUCGCGACACGUGGUUCCUGAUGCUCGAUACAACGGCACGCGUGCUUGCACAGCUGCACGACUUUGUUUGGGUAGGUGCUACGCUGGAUGCGCAUCUGUUCCUUGUACGCUACCUCCUCAUUCUCAAGGAGAUGACACAAAACCUCACAUUUGGUGAGACAAGCCGAGAUGAGGCGAGUGUCAGCAGACACAGUAUUAUGAUGGGGAGUUACGGUAUGACAGACACACUUGUGGCAAUGGUCUUGCGCAUGACGUUGAUGCCACCUGAUUCACUCGUCGCAUUGCUCAGUAUGCUGAAAGGAGAUGCAGAUAUCCUGGAUGCUAAGCAUGUUGACGCGCAUCAUAAUGCGGCCCUGGGCUCUACAAACACGAAGACUGGACCGGUGACUGCACAUUCUUGGGCACAGCAGGAGGUCGCAGAGAAACUUGAUGCAGACUUCUGCUUGCUCUGUGCAUGUGAGCUCUGUGCAGAUGCAGCCCGCAUCGGGCUGUACCUUGAGGAUCGGUGCAUGCCUGAUGUCCUGUUGUCGCAUGUGUGGGAAUGCACUGCGGAGGUAUAUUGUGAUUUUGCAGAUCUUGUUGGAAGCAUGUUUUACAUUGGCGUCCCAUUUUUUGUCAAACAUGAGGAGUGUGCCAACUUGAUUUGUGCACGUAGCAUAGACACUUGCCUCCUGCCCUCAGCCCCAGGCUCGGCGGGUGCACAUGACACUGACAGGGAUGACAUCAAUUGGGUGGAACAUCGUAAUUGUGAGCGCACGCUUGUCUCUUGCAUCAGCAAAAGUGACAAAACGUGGGAUGGCCUUGGAUGGAUUGGGGGGUUAUAUAAUCUCAAGAGCCUGCAGGCAAGGUCAUAUAUGGCAUUGCAUUUGCUGCACUCUCCUUGGUGGUUUGGUGCAAUUGUUGUAUUAGAUUGCAAUCUGGAGGCCCCGAUGCCAAUAUAA